UGCUGUGGCUUCAUAUAUUUAAAUGAAGGAAUUGAGCUCAAAAGUGGUUGUCUUCUGAAGAGAAACGAAAAUUAUCAUUCAUGGGCUCAUUUGUAGGACACGCAGUGCAAGGUUCAGCUCUAGCUCUCCUUGGAUUAUGGCUCGCCAUCAACACCAUCAGAACUUACCUAGUGAAGGGUCCUGCAAACUUCACUGUUAGAUUCUGGUACCAGUUUAACACCCCUCACUCCAGACUCAAACACUUGGAGCUUGUCUCCAUUUUAUCCUUUUCCAUCCUUGCAAUAUUCAUGCAAGUUCUGGACUUUCCUCAUUUCCACUAUGCUUUUAAGCUUGAUAACUUUGAGCAUGCAACUAUGUUCAUACACCUUGCUUUGUUUGCUGGUUUCUCCCUCUGCACUGAGUUGACUGAUUCACUUGACCUCUUUUCUGGCUUUGUUGGGAUACUUGCAUCCUCAGUGUUCAGCCAAGAACUGUUCCUUCUCCAUUUUCACUCCACAGACCAUGUUGGACUUGAAGGCCAUUACCACUGGCUCCUGCAGCUCAUAGUGCUUGUCUCACUGGUAGCAGCUUUGGCUGCAACUAUUUUCCCUAACAAUUUCAAUGCGGCUCUUGUGCUUUCUAUUUCUGUCAUCUUCCAAGGAUGUUGGUUCAUAAACAUGGGGUUUAUGCUAUGGAUUCCAGCUUUAGUCCCUGAAGGAUGUGUGAUGAAUUUGGCCAAGGCAAGUGGCCAUGAUAUCAUUGGAGCAGUUACCUGUGGCUCCAAAGAGGCUGAUUUUAGGGCUAGGGGCUUGGCCAAUUUACAGUUCAGUUGGAUCCUUUCUGCAAUUCUGAUUUUUGCAGGAAUCAUUUGCUUGAAACUUGCUAGAAAAUGUACCAUUGCAACAAACCGAUUGGAAUAUGAGAGAAUUCAAAGUAAAGGUGCAGACUCAGCUUUGGCCAAUGAAGGUUUGAAGCAGGGUAGAUAAUCAAUCUACCACAGUUUGUUGAACAGGCCUGGUGCUCUCAUUUUUAAGGUCUCAAGUGUAUAUAAGAGACCUGAGCUAUGCAAUGAAAAAUAAGUUACAGUGUAUUUUGUUAUAGACCAAGUUUAGAUUGAUGUCCAACAAUCUGUUGGGUUUUAUAAAAUCUUCAGCAAGGUAUGUUGAUAGUGUCUAUUAAGUUGCUGGUAUGUCUGUGUAAGAAACUAAUGUCUCCAGAUCUUGAUUGCUUCAUAAAUUCCUUAUAUUUCCAACAACGGACUGUGAUAUUGGACUACUGGAUUAUAAGAAUGGUUCUUUGUUUUA